ACGGAGACCCGGGCAGACGGACGGGCGACAGCACAGAGCGGCGAGGAGCCGUGCCUGCGGGGAGCAGAAGGUGGUGAAGGAGGCAGAAAUCGCCUUUUCCUGCCCAUCGGGACGGCGGCGUGGAGUUGCGUGUUCUCCGUGACAUUGAUCCUCCUCAGCAAGUGCGAAGAAACAUCUUCAGUUACAGAACCCACGUUCGGCUCCGUGUUCAAGGAGCUAUUUUUGGGUGCUCAAGAACUUCACUCAGCUUCUGUCCAGUAGGUGUGCCAUUGCUGGUGUCAAGACUGAUAUAUUUUUUAAAUUACGUAUUUUUUCCUUGGUGUUUCAUCAUAAUUUACUUCUUAAAUGCAUUUACAUGAAAAAAGGCCAUGGAAGACGCCCCUCUGCCUCUGCUGACCAUGCCAACGGCUCCUUACAGCGACCAGAAGCCAGGAACAAGUGGAUUACGGAAGAAGACCUUUUAUUUUGAGUCCAAGACCAACUAUAUGCAGAACUUUAUCCAGAGUAUAUUUUUUUCCAUAGAUCUAAGGGAUCGACAAGGAGCUUCCAUGGUAGUCGGAGGCGAUGGGAGGUACCUGAAUAAGUCUGCGGUGGAGCUGAUAGUCCAAAUGGCUGCAGCCAACGGGAUCGGCCGCUUGGUCAUAGGGCAGAACGGCAUUCUGUCCACUCCAGCGGUGUCCUGCAUCAUCAGGAAAAUCAAGGCCAUCGGCGGCAUCAUUCUGACGGCCAGCCAUAACCCUGGAGGGCCCAACGGAGAUUUUGGUAUUAAAUUCAACACCGCCAAUGGAGGUCCUGCUCCUGAAGGUGUCACGGACAAAAUUUUCCAAAUCAGCAAGAAAAUCGAAGAGUAUGCCAUCUGCCCCGACCUCCAGGUGGACCUGGGCACCAUUGGGAAACAGCAGUUUGAUCUGGAGAACAAAUUUAAACCAUUUACAGUGGAAAUCGUGGACUCGGUAGAAGCUUACGCGAACAUGCUGAGGAACAUCUUCGACUUCAGCGCGCUGAAGGAGCUGCUUUCGGGGAAGAACCACCUCAAGAUUCGCAUCGACGCAAUGCACGGAGUUGUGGGCCCUUACGUGAAGAAGAUCCUGUGUGAGGAGCUCGGAGCCCCGGCGAACUCUGCUGUCAACUGCACCCCGCUGGAGGACUUCGGUGGGCACCAUCCCGACCCCAACUUGACUUACGCUGCUGACCUGGUCCAGACCAUGAAGACGGGAGAAUACGACUUCGGAGCUGCCUUUGAUGGAGAUGGGGACCGCAACAUGAUUCUCGGGAAGCACGGCUUCUUCGUGAACCCCUCCGACUCCGUUGCCGUCAUCGCUGCCAAUAUUUUCAGCAUCCCUUACUUCCAGCAGACCGGAGUCCGCGGCUUCGCCCGGAGCAUGCCCACCAGCGGGGCUCUCGAUAGGGUGGCCCACGCUACAAAGAUUGCUUUGUAUGAGACUCCAACUGGCUGGAAGUUCUUUGGAAACUUGAUGGAUGCAAACAAACUGUCUCUGUGCGGAGAGGAGAGUUUUGGUACUGGCUCCGACCACAUCCGUGAGAAGGACGGGCUCUGGGCUGUCCUGGCCUGGCUCUCCAUCCUGGCCACCCGCAAGCAGAGCGUGGAGGACAUCAUGAAGGAUCACUGGCAGAAGUACGGCAGGAACUUCUUCACCAGAUACGACUACGAGGAGGUGGAUGCAGAUGCAGCUAAUAAAAUGAUGAAGGAUUUGGAGACCAUGAUGUUCGACCGCUCCUUUGUGGGGAAGCAGUUGUCGUCUGGUGACAAAGUCUACACGGUUGAGAAAGCCGACAACUUUGAGUACAACGAUCCCGUGGAUGGAAGCGUCUCCAGAAACCAGGGCUUGCGGCUCAUCUUCUCCGAUGGCUCCCGCAUCAUCUUCAGGCUGAGCGGUACUGGCAGCGCUGGGGCGACCGUGCGGCUGUACAUAGACAGCUACGAGAAAGACGCCCAGAAGAUAUACGAAGACCCCCAGGUCAUGCUGGCACCUCUCAUUUCUAUUGCACUGAAACUUUCACAGCUUCACGAAAGAACCGGCCGCAGUGGCCCGACUGUCAUAACAUAAAGGCUUGGUCCUGGCACCGCACAGGAGAGCACGCCACGUGAGGGAAGGCAGCCUGUCACCCCCGUGUUGUCAAAUCUGUCACCGUAAAGGGAAAAUUAAUUUUACCUCUGUGUUUAAGUACAGUAUUGAACCGCUACGGCUAGACAAUAAAAACCAGCCCCUGUAAACAAUGUGCGCGCACGUUGCUGUGCUGCCUUCUUGCGUCACGCCGCGCUGCUGGCAAGCUGUGUAUGGUGCUCGUUAGCACAGCCUUUUGGUUUAGCAUAUGCACUUUUCUUUUUUUUCUUUGCUUAAACAAAAGGCUCUAGAAAUAACAAAGAGACUAAAUUCUUCAAUAAUUCAGGGGUUUUGGUUCUAUCUUGGAAACUGUCCUGGAAAAGAAGCGCAUUUUACCCUUGUUAAUAUAUUGUAUUUAAAUUUGAUGUCUCUAAAUAAGCAACAGCUGUGUAUUAAGGCCGAGUAUUUUUUACUCGUGUGGAUUUUUUUCCCCUUUCAAAAGCCAAUUAUGUAAAUUGGUCCCUUUGCCAUGCUAUCUGUAUAAAAAAAAUGUAACAAACCCUCCCCACAGAAAUAAGCAAUAACAAACAUUGCAGGAUAUUAAAGUGGUGUGGGCUACAA